UUGCGUGGGCGUUUACUAUAAAAACUCCUCUCCGGAACUGUCACAGCUCAUACCUGUGAAAAUGGCGAACAAGCUCAGAGUGGACGAACUCCGGACUCAACUGGCUCAACGUGGUCUUGAUACCUCUGGAACUAAGCCUGCUCUGGUUCUUCGACUAGAAUCCGCCUUUCGCGAUGAGGAAAAGUCGUUGAAAGGUAAGGAUGCUGCUGCGACCGAUAGGAAAAAGAGGGGGAGGGACUCGGAAGAUGCUAGAAACUCGGACGGAAGUGACUUAAUCAGAGAUGUGGAGAAGUUACGGGAAAUGAAUGUACAGCAACUGCGAGAUGAGGCGGUUCGUCGUGGCAUUGCUUCCACUGGUUCAAAGAAGGAGUUGCUGAAAAGGAUUUGUGAUGAUUGUGAGAAAAAGAAAGAGGAAGAAGCGGAAGAUAAAACUGACGCAUGUAAGGAUGGAAAUGUCGUCACCAAGGAGAAGAUUGUUACAGCGACCAAAAAGGGGUCAGCAGUACUGGAUCAGUGGCUUCCAGAUCAUAUCAAGGCACAGUAUCAUGUUCUACAAGUGGGUGAUGAAAUCUACGAUGCCAUGUUGAAUCAGACUAAUGUUGGAUUCAACAAUAACAAGUUUUAUGUGAUUCAAGCACUUGAAUCUGAUGGUGGUGGUUCUUACAUGGUUUACUCCAGGUGGGGAAGAGUAGGUGUGAAGGGACAAGACGAUAAACUAGGUCCUUACACAUCAAAAGAAAGGGCAAUACGAGAAUUCGAGCAAAAAUUCUUUUCUAAAACCAAGAAUUAUUGGUCGAACAGAAAAGAGUUUAUUUGUCGCCCAAAGAGUUAUACCUGGUUGGAGAUGGACUACAGCAAAAAUGAAAAAGAAUUAUCAGUCAACGAGAAACGUGGAUCUACUUCAGAGGUUCAACCUCGUGAAACACAACUUGAGCCACGCAUUGCAAAGUUCAUCUCUCUCAUUAGCAACAUGAAUAUGAUGAAGCAACAGAUGAUGGAAAUAGGGUACAAUGCUGAAAAGUUGCCACUUGGAAAGCUGAGUAAAUCUACAAUUUUAAAGGGUUAUGAGGUCUUGAAAAGGAUUGCUGAUGUGAUUAGCCAGUCAAACAGGAGUCAACUUGAGCAACUAAGUGGGGAAUUUUACACCGUAAUUCCACACGACUUUGGAUUUAAGAAUAUGCGGGAAUUUGUAAUUGAUACCCCUCAAAAAUUGAAAAGCAAGUUGGAAAUGGUUGAGGCGUUGGGUGAAAUUGAGCUAGCCACAAAAUUGUUGGAGGAUGUUAAUAGUAUCCAGGAGGACCCCUUGUCUUUUCAUUACCAACGUCUUCAUUGUGAACUGUCACCAGUUGAAGUUGAUUCUGAGGAAUUCUCUAUGGUUUCAAAGUACGCACAGAAUACACAUGCAAAAACACAUUCAAAGUAUACUGUUGAUAUUGUUCAAAUAUUUAAGUUAUCAAGAGAGGGAGAAAAUGAGCGUUUCAAGAAGUUUUCGAAUACAAAGAACAGGAAGCUCUUGUGGCAUGGUUCUCGGCUUACAAAUUGGACUGGCAUUCUGUCCCAAGGUUUACGCAUAGCUCCACCUGAAGCACCUGUAACAGGUUAUAUGUUCGGGAAGGGGGUCUACUUUGCUGAUAUGUUCUCAAAAAGUGCAAACUAUUGUUAUGCAUCUAAUGCCGCCACAACAGGCGUUCUGCUUUUAUGUGAGGUUGCGCUCGGCGACAUGGUUGAACUUCUAGACGCAAACUACGAUGCUGACAAGUUGCCCGAGGGGAAGCUGAGCACAAAAGGAGUUGGACAAACUGAACCGAACCCCUCCGAAGCUGUUACGCUUGAUGAUGGCAUUGUCGUUCCCUUGGGAAAACCAAAACAGGAUCAACAUCGUAAGGGUGCCUUAUUGUAUAAUGAGUAUAUAGUGUACAAUGUGGAUCAAAUUAGGAUGCGCUAUGUUCUUCAAGUGACUUUCAAUUUUAAACGCUGACGGGCAGCACGGGCAUUGCCCAUUUCUAUCUGCCAGUGUCCCAUCCUUUGGUCAGUGACGCUAUCUUAUGGUGAGUGAUUAGGGGAGCAGAAAGUAAUCUAUGUGAUGUAAUAUAGUUAAAAGAAGAAAUAAAGAUCUUGUCUCUCUAUCUCCUCC